AUGGCGCCCGUACUUGAUACACCUACUACGCGCAUACGAAGCUCAGAACGUCCACGCAGACGCCACAUCUCCGACUCGGUGCCCGCCAGCAAAAAGCGCAAAUACGUGCCAGGUGGACCAGGAGGCGGGGGACGAUACGUGGAUGACGAGGGGGUAGAAACACCAGUCGGAGGAACAGGACCAGGUGGCUACGCGUACAUCGGUCCCCGCGGCCGCAUCGGACGCCUCAACGCCGAACGGCAAGGUGUCACUCUGCCCGAGCUCGCGCCCUCGCCCUCAUCGUACCCACGACUGCGACGCGAAAGGCCGCCUGCUGGACCGCGUUCCAGCUCGGCUGCUGCAGUCGCCGCCGCCGUGGCGCAAAACGAUGGAUACAAGCCGAGGGAGGAGCGGAGCUGGGAUGAGUUUCACCCGGAUCUCGACAUUGACGCCGAGCUUCCCGUCUACAGCGCAGAUCUGAUCGAUGGCGUAAGCCAUGCAGAUUCCACUCCGGGCACAUCAGGGCAAGCCUCUUCUACAGGUCAAUAUGCGGUGGACAACGGCAUCUCGGCCAUGCUCGACGGUCUGCGCGCGCAACAGACACAAGAUGAAGAUCUGGAAGAUGCUUAUACCGGUCCAGCCAGCAUCUUGGCCACUCCCAAGAGGCGGCCAGGCCGCCCACCGCGCCACAGAGACUCCAUGCUUGCUGGACUUGGAUCCCCGCCCCGGCCACGCAUUCUCCCUCUACCAACUAUGAAUCCGAGGGAAAAGCUGAACCUGCCGAAACCAAGUGUGCGCAAGGUCGAUCCCUUCAAGGCCCACGAGGAGAGCGAAGGGGUCAAGGUCAACUACGUCGACCGAACCAUGGCGAACAUCGGCUACCAAGAGAGCGAGGUCUUCGCUAGGGCUGAAAACAAUUUGAUUCGACUUCCUGAGGGCUCCAUAGAAGAAGACCUCGAUCUUACACUACAGAACGAGGUCGAGGGGUCGACAACAGCAAUUGCAGUUGGACGUGUUGAAUACGACAUGGACGAACAAGAUGAUGUGUGGCUAGAUGCACUCAAUGUGCAACGCAAAGCCGAGGACGUCGAAGCCAUCAAACCUGCGAUAUUCGAGGUCACCAUAACCCAGAUCGAGAAGGAGUGGCAUGCACUGGAGAAACGCAUUCCGAAGCCAAACCCAAAGCCACCGCAAACACAUCGGCCACGGUCCAGCAGUGCGGCCGCAGUAAACGGUGAACCUGCAGGACAAGGUGAGGAACAGGAUACCAAAUGUGCAAUCUGCGACGAUGGUGACUGCGAGAACACCAACGCCAUAGUGUUCUGUGAUGGGUGUGAUUUGGCAGUCCAUCAAGAGUGCUACGGUGUGCCUUUCAUACCAGAAGGACAAUGGCUUUGCAGACGGUGUCAACUGGUGGGUCGCGGCACCCCUGCUAGCGAGCUUCCGGGCUGCAUAUUCUGUCCGAACGGAGAUGGCGCUUUCAAACAGACGACAGCUAUGAAAUGGGCACAUCUCCUAUGCGCUAUGUGGAUACCUGAAGUGUCACUUGGCAAUGUGACAUUCCAAGAGCCGGUACAGGAUGUCGAAAAAGUCCCCAAGACACGUUGGAAGCUGUCUUGCUACAUCUGCAAACAAAAGAUGGGGGCAUGCAUUCAAUGUGGUCACAAGUCGUGCUUCGAAGCCUUCCAUGUCACCUGUGCACGCAAAGCUCGACUAUGCUUGCGGAUGAAGUCUUCCCAAUCAUCGAAUCCGCUCGAUUCCACUGUGCUUAAGGCGUACUGUGAUCGACACACUCCUUCGGAUUGGAGGCGCGAGAACGACGUAGAGGGAGCAAUUGCAGACGCAAAAGCCUUUUACCGACACACAAUGCGCCACAUUCGCUGGCCCGAUAGCCAGGCUUAUGCUUUAUCGAUAGGUUCAACCCACCCAGCGCACGCGAUCGACGACGAGGACGACGGCGUCCCAGGCAAUAACAAGCGAAAGCGUGGGCAGCCAGCCAAAUCUUGGAGGCUGCCAUCUGGUGCACCAGUUGUUCCUCAGGCCGUCUACCACAAUGUCGAAAACGCUUUGAUCAAGUUUAACGUUCGCAAACGUAAGGAGUUUGUGCAAGAAGCCUGCAAAUACUGGACGUUAAAACGUGAGGCACGCCGCGGUGCUGCCUUACUCAAGCGUCUCCAACUACAGAUGGAAGCGUUCUCAUCUAUGGAGAUCACCCGCCGCAACUUUGCGGGGAUGGGCGCUGCCGGUCGGCCUCGACUGCAACGUCGCAUCGAAUUCGCUGAGCGGUUGGAAGACGACAUGGAGCAAAUUCGUGUUCUUUGCGAAAACGUCAAGGCACGCGAGGCUGAGAAGUUGAAAGAUGUCAUGAUCCUCAAGGAUAUCCUCGACUGCGUCUACUUCCCCAUCCCGCAUAUCCUCAGCCCUAUCUUGGACAAAGCGAUCAACCAUGACAACAAGGGAGUCUUCAUCGAAGGCUUUAGUAAGCUGAGAGGCAAGCUUGACGACAAAUUUUACACAUCUGUUCAGGUGUUCAAUGACGACUUGCUUGCGGUAUUGAGCGCGCAGAUUGACUUUGUACCCAUGUCCAACGUGGGGCGUUUGGAGAACGAGUCUACUAAGGCAAUGCCUCACACCCUGACAUCCGAACAGAAAGAAACGAAGAAAUUGAUCAAGCGCAUCAUCAAGGCUGUUCAACCGAUGGUGGAGGAUGCGCUGCGCAAAGAGGCCGAUAUGACCAAAUUCCCGGUCGAGAAGCUCCCCGAUCUUGAGAGCAUUUUUGCACAGAAGCUGCAGGGCAGGCACGCUGCUGUUUCGGUUGAAGAUGCUCCUCAAGACACGGUUGAAACAGAGCAGAUGAGCUAUGGCGAUGCUGCUGAGCCAGCGACAAACGGCCUUGGCCACGAAGAAGCAACCAAGAAGGCAGAUGAUAUUCAGCUCGCGCCUACGCCCGAUGAUAAUGCUACUGACAACAAUCACUCGAUACACGACGAGGCUACAGACGAGGCUGCCAUUGCAGCUCAACUUGGGCAAGACGCCCUACACGCCUCUCAUGGAGAGCUCCAGGAUGAUGUGAUGGAGCUUGAUGUCAAGCAAGACAGUGGGCGUACGGAGCCUCUCACGCCACCGAGGUCUGAGAAGAACCUACUCGACCCACUUCACAACGGAGGCGUUCCAUGGUAUCUUAAAGCGUUUGACAUUCACGGCACAACGGUGCACGAACCCAUCUGGGAAGGCCCCCAGGUACUUCGAGACAUGAGCGAAGAUCUUAGCGAGCUCGAUGACGAUGAGCUUGACGGACUCGCUGAUUCCGACCCAGUACAACCGGACGAAAAUGCACCUGACGCUCAGGCGAUUGAGUUGCGCAAAGCAGCCGCGCGCAAGAGACAGAGAAGGUCACGAGCGUACAGAUGA